GGCGUUGCCGCCAGCAGAGGGCAGGCGAAGGGAGCGGUGCGAGCGCCGCGGCUUCCCUGCCUCCGUCCCCGGCGUGUCAGUGCCGGCUGGGCUCGCAAUGCCAGGAGCAGCAGCGGGGCUGAGCUGCUGAAGGGCACCGGCGGCGGCUGCAGGGAGGAAGGCGGCCGGCCCGCUGGCUGCGCUGCCCCGGACUCCCAGGGCCGCAGGAGGCCGGGCCAGGCUGGAGAGCGCUGCCCCCGCAGCAUGGAGGUGGGCAAGCCGAGCUCGUCGCCCGGCAGCCGGGACGAUGGCAGCGCCAACGCCUUGCAGGCGAAGCCGGCGGAGAAGGCGCUGGGCAGCCCGGGCGGCGGGAAGGAGCACGGCAACUCGGUGUGCUUCAAAGUGGACGGCGGCCGCGGCGGCGGCGAGGAGCGCGGGGUGGGCUUGGAGGAGGCCGAGGGCUCCGGGCGGCAGUACGGCUUCAUGCAGCGCCAGUUCACCUCCAUGCUGCAGCCCGGGGUCAACAAAUUCUCCCUCCGCAUGUUCGGCAGCCAGAAGGCGGUGGAGAAGGAGCAGGAAAGGGUUAAAACUGCGGGGUUCUGGAUCAUACACCCCUACAGCGACUUCAGGUUUUACUGGGACUUAAUAAUGCUUAUAAUGAUGGUUGGAAAUCUUGUCAUCAUACCAGUUGGAAUCACAUUCUUUACAGAACAAACUACAAUACCAUGGAUUAUUUUCAAUGUGGCAUCAGACACUGUUUUUCUAUUGGACUUGAUCAUGAAUUUUAGAACUGGGACGGUCAAUGAAGAUAGCUCUGAAAUCAUAUUGGACCCUAAGGUCAUCAAAAUGAAUUACUUAAAAAGCUGGUUUGUGGUUGACUUCAUCUCAUCAAUACCAGUGGAUUAUAUUUUUCUCAUUGUAGAAAAAGGGAUGGAUUCAGAGGUUUACAAGACGGCUAGAGCACUUCGCAUUGUGAGAUUUACAAAAAUCCUCAGCCUGUUACGUUUAUUACGACUUUCGAGAUUAAUUAGAUACAUACACCAGUGGGAGGAGAUUUUCCAUAUGACAUAUGAUCUGGCCAGUGCUGUGGUGAGAAUCUUUAAUCUAAUUGGAAUGAUGCUACUUCUUUGCCACUGGGAUGGUUGUCUUCAGUUUUUAGUACCAUUACUUCAGGAUUUCCCACCAGAUUGCUGGGUGUCCCUAAAUGGUAUGGUUAAUGAUUCCUGGGGAAAGCAGUAUUCGUAUGCACUCUUCAAAGCCAUGAGCCACAUGCUUUGUAUUGGUUAUGGAGCCCGGGCCCCUGUCAGCAUGUCCGAUCUCUGGAUUACUAUGUUGAGUAUGAUUGUGGGGGCUACAUGUUAUGCCAUGUUUGUUGGUCAUGCCACUGCCCUAAUUCAGUCUUUGGAUUCCUCACGACGACAAUAUCAAGAGAAGUAUAAACAAGUGGAACAAUACAUGUCAUUUCACAAGUUACCUGCUGACAUGCGCCAAAAGAUCCACGAUUACUAUGAACACCGUUACCAAGGCAAGAUCUUUGAUGAGGACAAUAUUCUCAAUGAGCUCAAUGAUCCUCUUAGGGAGGAGAUAGUCAAUUUCAACUGUCGCAAGCUGGUUGCCACAAUGCCUCUUUUCGCUAACGCAGACCCCAAUUUUGUGACAGCCAUGCUGAGCAAGCUUCGGUUUGAGGUGUUCCAACCCGGCGAUUAUAUUAUCCGAGAAGGGGCUGUGGGUAAAAAGAUGUAUUUCAUUCAACAUGGGGUCGCUGGUGUCAUCACUAAAUCCAGUAAGGAGAUGAAGCUGACAGAUGGCUCUUACUUUGGAGAGAUUUGUCUUUUGACUAAGGGCCGCCGCACUGCCAGUGUCAGAGCCGAUACAUAUUGCCGUCUCUAUUCCCUCUCCGUGGACAAUUUCAACGAGGUUCUGGAGGAGUACCCCAUGAUGAGAAGGGCCUUUGAAACGGUGGCCAUUGACAGACUAGACAGAAUAGGAAAGAAGAAUUUGCUUCUCCUGCAGAAGUUCCAGAAAGAUCUCAAUACUGGAGUUUUCAACAAUCAGGAGAAUGAGAUCUUGAAGCAGAUAGUAAAACAUGACAGAGAGAUGGUGCAGGCUAUUGUCCCAGUCAGUCUACAGCAAAUGCCAGCACUGAAUUCUAGCUCUUCAACCACUGCAUCAUCAUCACGAAUCAGGACACAGUCUCCUCCUGUGUAUACUGCGACCAGCCUAUCUCAUGGAAACUUGCAUUCUCCAACACCGAGCAUGCAGGUGCCCCAGCAAGCUGUCAUUCUCUCUCCUUGCUCUUAUACUACUGCAGUCUGUAGUCCGCCAGUACAGAGCCCUCUGGCAGGUCGAACUUUUCAGUAUGCAUCCCCAACUACUUCACAGUUGUCACUGAUGCAGCAGCAACAGCAGAUGCCUAGUUCAUCGCAGAAAAAUGAAGUUCACAAGAGUACACAAGCCCUUCACAACACUAACCUGACCAGAGAGGUGAGGCCUCUCUCUGCCUCACAGCCUUCUUUGCCCCAUGAGAUUUCCACUUUCAUUUCUAGACCUCAUCCAACGGUGGGAGAGUCUCUAGCCUCAAUUCCACAACCUGUCUCUAGUGUCCAAAGUCCAGGUAUGCAGGCUGGGAGCAGAGGCACUGUCCCUCAGAGAGUUGCUCUCUUCCGUCAGAUGUCUUCAGGAGCAAUUCCUCCUAACCGAGGGGCCCCACCGCCAACAGCUGUUCUACAAAGGGAUUCUUCCACAGUCUUAAACACAGACCAAGAAGGAGACAAACCGCGAUUUGCUUCAAACUUAUGAUCCUUGUUAACUGUGAAAAGCAGAGACAUUGUAAUGAACUGAAAACAUCCCAGAAACUAUUUUAGCCUGUUUCCUGAUAGACCCUGGAAGCCUACUAUGAAACAAAAUAUUUUAGACAGCUCUGCCCUUCAUAACGAAUCCAAAGUAUAGAUCCAAAAAGGAAUUUAAAAGACUUGGUUAGAAUUUGUCUUUUUUUCAUUAAAGGAGCCUAAAUUUUGUUGUAAUAUUAUUUGUUUUUAAUGUGUGUUACUUUAAAAUUAAUCUAGCAUAUUUCUCUACUUCUGAAGAGAUGUCCUAUUUCAAUGUCCAAUUUCAGAGGAGGGAGGGACAAAAAUAACCCAAUGAUAAUACACUUUAUAUGUUAAAUGACAGUAUUAUUUAUUCCAGGAAAUAAACUUUAAAAAACACCCCUCAAACUAGCUAGGAAAUAGCACCUAUUGAAUAAUAACUUUUAACUUUCAUUAAUUGCAUUUCUGUAUAAAAAUUGUAAAUCAUUUAUCAUGGAAAAUCAAUCAUAAUCUUCCAUUUUAUUGGUCCAAAUUUCAUUUUAGUGCUUUCCAUUGACAAUUAGAUUGAAGAAGAAAUAUACUCCAGCUGUCUGCAGUAGAAGAACUAGCAUUACCAUUGCUCUGGAUAAGUGUAAUCUCAAAACAUGUAAAUCAUUCUGUUAUUUCAGAAAACUGGGUGGACUUCUAUCUUCAUGCAAAAGACUUUGAUGAAAACUAUAAAUAUUGUCAUUGUAAAAAACUUUUUAGACUCAAACAAAAAUAGCUGCUGUGUGGUGUAUCAUUGCAAGGUCUUUGUUUAGAAAUUUAGUUUCAGCUCUUCACUUCAUAACUUUACAGUUUUAAAAUUUAUUAAAUUUAAGAGCAACACAACUGUUAAAUUGUAUUGCAAUGGCAAUGUUACUUUUACAUGCACUGUUUUUAUGCAAAAUUGUACGCUUGAUCCUGCAAACUGCUUGUACUUCACCAAUGCCAUCACUUUUCUUCCUUGCCCUAAACAGCAUCUGAAAAUAGUCCAUGCAUGCUUUUUAAAAAAAACAAAACAAAACAAAAAAACAACAAAAAUAUAGGUUCAGUCAGCCAUUGUAGGAAAAGGGUUACAGUAACUUUUUGGCUUUAGAAAAUGAUAAGCAUUCAUUAAUUGUGUCUACCUUAAAAUUUCCUAUAAUGCUGACUCUGAAUCUCUGUUUUAAGGCUAGAAAUGAGGUUUUUCAUUUAAAGGAUUAUUCGUAAACCACAGCUUAAUUUAGACUUUCAGGUGCUUUCUGUGUCUUCACUGUAGUUUUGUAAUUGACUGUGGUAUUAAUUUAAAAGAAAUAAAUAGAAUAUAGCAUCAAGUCUGUCUGGGAUUGCACGAUUUGGUCUGUGUAUAUUGUAAUUAAAUGGAUAGUAUAUCCUAUGGCAUGUAGUGUCAAACAUAGCCCAUAGAUAUGAGGUUUAUUUUUUAAAGUCUUUAAAAAUAGAAGGGAAAGGGUGACAGAAAGCAGGGUUAAAGCAUACUGUUUUGUGAACAUUUUCUUUCAUUUGCUCAGAUCUUCACGUUGUGAUUAGACAGCAUCUCCACAAAAGAAGUUCUUUAAUAAUCAUUUGUGCCUGAUGUGUCACAAUAAAAUAGAAAUUGAAACUGAAUAUGUCAUAAUUCAACUAUUAUUGAUAAAACAGCACUAUGAACUAUAAUACAAAGCAUAUAUCAUAUUCCUUAAGAAAAAGCAAGCCAACCAUGUGAAAGGAAUGAAUUCAGAGGAGGAGUUUUUGCCAUUAAUGCUGGCCUUAAUGAUCAGUGGUAGAAUUAAAUAAUGUCACAAACUACGUAUUGCAGUACAUUCAGAUAUACCUGAGAGCCAAGUAAAUGGUCUAAGGCUAACAGAGCUUGAACCCAUGCUGCUUGUUAUGCCUUUUUACUUAACUGGGUACAUCAAGUUGAAAAAAAAAUAAAACUUUUUACAAUUUUUGCCAACUCCCACUCAGCAGUACAAAUCAAUGUAAUUAUCCCAUUAACAUGCUGCUGACAUUAUUAAUUGGAGUGGUCAGGAAUAGUGUAUAAGGAAGCAAUUGUUAAAAAUGUUUGAAGCAUUAUGGAUACGCUGCAAGACCAUUUAUUAUCAGUACAAUGUCCCUUAUUUUAUUUUAAUACUUUUAAUGAAUUAGAUCCAAUUUAUUAAGAUCAUAUUCUGAUCCUUGACACUAUUUAAGGUUUACAUUUAAUAGGUAUAAAGGGGUUAGUAGUGAAAUAUUUUUAUAUAUAUAUAUAUAUAAUUUUAUUUUAAGCACUAUGAAGAAACAUUAACUCAUGUGGUCUUUCAGUGAAACCAUAAAAAAAUCUUUUUAAUGACUUUGUAAUAGAGUGGACAAAAUCUAGGAUUUGUAUGUUAAUUCAAUAAAAAUGGUACAGGGUAUACAAUUAUAUACAUUAU